AUGCUUGCACGUCAUAAUUCGCUGAGUGACAAUGGCUUACACUACGUUGGUGAACCAGACACGUCAAGCUGCGCCAAAAGUGAGGCGGCUUUUUGGACAAUUGGCAAAAUGAGUCAGAAAAGGGACGAUGACAUCCCAGACGCCAGCAUCCAGCGGGCCUUCCCCAAUUUAAGUUUGUUCAUAAUGAUGUCCUCUUUCUAUCUCCGUCUGCUCAAAUUUAAGUUCACCAGUACGACUGAGGUCAUGUGGAUUGCGAACAUGCAGAUAAUUUUCCUGUCUAAUAGGCGCAUCCGUAUAUUUCUGCAUUUUUGGAAUGUCAAUCAGUUGUGUGAUCGUCUGGAGUCCGGCAAGGAGACGUUCCAGAGCCUAGAGAUACAUUCAGCAAUUAAAAGGUAUCCGCUUUCUCUGCCCGCGAGCAUCCUAGAUGCAGACGCCUUCGUCUCGGACAUGGCGGAUGAUCUCGGUCGGUCUUUGCGGACACCGCCAGGCCUAGCGCAGAACUUAGGUCGAUUGCGAGCAGGACUAACGUUGGACACACUCGGCUUCGUCAUGUGA